AUGGCAGACGUCCCUGUGCCAGAGACCACUGCAGAAGAGGAGUUCGAGCUUUUUGGUCCAGGACCAGCUGCGGCAGCGCCUGAAGCGGCUGCUCAGCAGGAAGCGAAUCCGUUUGCUCCUGUGCAAGGUCCGGCUCCUGCUCCUCCGCAAGCAGCACAGCCUUCUGUACCAGCGGCGGGUUCGCCAUCUGGUGCUACUGUGCCUCCGAAGGCUGCUGCUCCGAGUAGCAGCUCUGGUCCUGCAGGUUUUACGCCUGAGCAGAUGCCUGGAUUCAUGAUGGAAUUGCUUCGUCAGCAGAGAGAGAUGAUGGCAAUGAACCAGCAGCUCGUUGCGACGAUGCUCCGGAGAAUGGAUCUGGAGGAAGAGAGAAGGAACAAAGCGGAAGAGAAAGUUCACGAGGCAGCUGAAGCGGCCAAGCAGGCAGCAGAGGCAGCUAAGACUCGGGACCCCUUCCAGCCGAGCACUGCUCCCGCGAGCAGUUCUGCUGCGAGUUCGGCAGUUUCUCCGGCAGUUCCGUCUCCCUCUGGGUACUCUGGUGCUGGAGGCCGUGCAGAGAAGUAUCUGCCGAACCUUCCGGUGAUAGACCAUCAAGGCAUGGGGAAAGGGCGCAUGAAGGAGGUAGAGACUUGGCACUCCUUUAUGGAGACGCUGAGUUCCUGGCUUGCCCUGCAGGAGGAAGCAUUUGUUCGGGAACUGCAGCUUUGUAUCCCCGUGAAAAAGGAGAUGGUGCAAGCUGACUUGAAUCCCGAGACUGCAGCGCGUAGCUCCAAGCUGUUCUACUACUUGACGCAAUCCCUCGCCAAGUGGGAGCGAGGAAGCGAGCUCUUGAGGUCCUGCUCGAAGAGGCAGGGACAGAGCGCCUGCGGCUACGAGGUGAUUAGAACGAUUACCUCUCAGUACUCCAUCGUGUCACGGAUGGAAGCUGUCUUCGUGAGAGAACAGGCUUUGAAGUUGUACCAGCACGUUGGGCAUCUGAAGAGGCCCACCGACUUGAUUCGACAUCUUGAGGAUUCGUUUUCGAAGUCUGAAGCGAAGCUGAGCAACUUUCCGGAGCUUCAGCUGUCUGAGGCUGACCGCUGCUCUGUCCUGUUACAGAGCUUGGGUGCAGAAGUGCGUCAGUACGUGGUACUGCACGGGUCCAGCUCGAACUGGGAAGCUCUUCGAAGGACGCUGACUUACUACGAGGAGCAGCUGCGACUGUGUGAGGCCCCUGGGUCUUCGGGCCGAGCCUUGCAGGAGAAGCUUUGCGACUACUGCGGGAAAAAGGGACACACAGCCGACAAGUGUUGGCAGCGCCAAAAGGAAGAACGCGGUGGUGCUCCGAAGGGCAAAGGGAAAGGAGACAAAGGAAAGCCGAAAGGCAAAGGCGACCAGACCCCCAAGGGAUCUGGCACGCCCCGUGGUUCCGAGAAGGGCAAGGGCCGAGUCGGGAGGAAGCGCCACAGUGAUGGCGAUGAGGUUUUCCUGUCCUGGGCGUGGUUCUUCGGAGCCCUCUUCUUCGGUUCUGAGUCUAUGGGCUCCUUAGGAUCCCGUGUGUUGAAGCACGGCGACGUUCAGGAGGUGGAACUGGCGGGCUUGGCUGCAGCAUGGCAUCAGAAUCCUGAGGUGAAAGAGAGACUCAUGGAGGAAGGAGCAAAAGGGUUGGUUCUGCCUCCGGAAGGCGAAAAAAGCCCGGUUUGCAUCCAAGCUACGGCUGUCGCCAACGAUGUGUUUCUGAAACCUAUCAUGGUGCAGAUGCUAGCUGCACGGAGCUUGAAAAUCCCGAGUAUUGAGGUUUUGGUUUCGGAACUUUCUGCUUUGUGGCAUAAGUACUACGAGGCCAAGGAAAAGCGCCGGGCUGCCGCAGCAGGGAGACCUCCCAAGUUGCCUGAAAGCUUUCGCUUGCCAGAUGCAGUCAUGGCUACUUGUCAUUCGGAUGCGAAGCACAUUAAAAGCCUGCUGUCAAUGUGCAAGAAGCAGUGUGUCAGUGACCGAGCAUCCCGGGAUAUCACGUAUCGCCAUAUCGUGGCCGCCUUCGGAGCGAAGGCAGCUUAUCCAGAGCUGGAUGUGCCUGCCGCCGACGGGCACGAGGGCGGGGAUCAUGGUGAUGAUGAUGAUGAGGAAGAAAGAAAGGAAGAGGGUGGGGAAGUUGUGGAAAAAGUUUUGGUGGCCACGGCUGCGAAAACGAAGCCAGCUCCCCGUGCCGCAGCGGUUCCUGUGGAUGACGAUGAUGACUGUGUUGUGACGGGUGGUAUUGAAGCAGCCCGAGAUAUGAAACGUCGUAUGUUGGAGCAGCAGAUUGCCAGCAUCCGAGCACGGAUUGCCGAGAAAAAGCAGGCAGCUGAAGAGGCGGCACAGGUGUCGGCUCCGGCUGCUGCGGGAUCCGCGAUGGAUGCCAUGGACACCCAGCUGGUGCAAGUUGAGCAGGAGAUGGUUGUGGAUCGUCUAGAUCAGCUGGGCUUGCAGGCAAGAAAGAAGGCGAAGGCACGAGCCAAAGGCAAGGCCAAGCGAGGGGAUUCGGAGCAGGAGGAUGCAGACGGGGCACAGGGUUCAAAGGAGCCACAGGGUUCGCAGGAGCCAGAGGAAGGUUCGAAGGAGCCACAGGAGCCACAGGAGAAGGAGGAGGAGCAUCCCCAGCCAUCGAAAAGAAAGCUGAAACGUGCCAAAACCAAAGCUUCCAAGGAGUGGUCUGCUAAGGAGUGGGAGGAUGAUUGGGAGGAGGAUUGGAGUGAGUGGCCCAAGGCGAUGAAGAAGAAAGGACCGGUCUGCAAAAGGCCGGCUGCUAAGAUCUCGAAAGGGGAAAAGGAGCCGGACGAGCUCGAGAUCAAAGCUUUCAUCCACGAGUUCAAUCGAGCUGGGGCCAAGCACAAGAUCAUGGCCUACUGGUCCCGAGCUGGCUUUGGGCUCUUGGAGGCAACCCCGGACAGUCCCCAGGUUGCCUACUGUGGAUCCACGAAGGUUGACGUGAUGGCCAACUUCUUGCCCAUCAAGCAGCUUGCCCUUGAUCUUCAUGUUGGCUUCGAUCCGAACGAUUCAUUCAAGAAGUUUGCCUACAGUGGUGGUUCGUCGUAUUCUUCAAUCAAGAUCUGCUGGCUACACUCGGAGCAUCGUCAAGGAGACCAAGGGUUCAAUGCAGUGGAGAAUGGUGAUGCAGAGUCUGGGUCUUCGCCUACCACGCUAGCCGAAACCCUCUUUCCGGCGACACAGCCGGAUGGGCCGAAGAAGACCCCUCCACGCACUGGCUCCGGUGGGGAGUCUGAUGAUGAUGAUCUCCUGCAGCAGGAGAAAGACAACCUUCUACACCAGCUCAGGAAGAUCGAGGAUCAGCUCCAGAGGAAGCGAGUGAAGGAUGAACUCCGGGGCAACCCCUUCGCCGUCAACUGCCCGACCGAAGCCAUCGACUCGCCGAGACAGACCCGUGGCAGCCCCGUUGCGAGUUGGUGGAAAGGCCGUGCCAUCUCGAUCUCUUUCGUGCACUUCGACUGGAACGACGAGGAGCCGGAGGACUACGAGGAGGACGGUGACGAGGAUGGCGAGGCGAACAGUGGCAAGUACGGUAUGGUCUACGACCCCAGGAACGGCAAGGUUCUUUCCGAAGCAGCCAUCGACCAACGUGUUCGCAGAGCCUGUCAAAAUGGCAAAAAAAAGAAGGCGACCGGGGGCCCAAAGGCAGUGGAGAUGUACAAGGACCUCGGCAGUCGGGAGGAGUUGACGAAGAUGCUCAUCUCGGCUGCUUUCAAGCGGAAUAUCACCAAGUUCUCGGAGAAGACACACAAGAAGAAGACUGACACAGUUGCUGGUUGGUACACCGAGUCAGCGAUGUCUGUGCAGCUGGAAGAGAUCAAGGAGAUCGUCGAUUACACCUCAACCCGACCCGCUUUGAGGAGGAAGUACAAGUACAAUGCCAAGAAGCUUCAGCAUUGGGUUGACAAAGAGACCAUUGGUGUGGACUCAAGCGAGACGAUCAAGGGCACACGAAAGGAAGUGAGCACGAAUGACAAAGAGCUUCCCAGCGAAGCUGAUGGUGAGGUUUCGGACUUCGAAAAGGACGAGAAAUCCGACGACGAGCACCGGCCGAGCCAGAAGAAAAGCACGCAGGAGGAUGACCUCUGCGAACGGGCCGAGAAAACGAUGAGUGACCUGUUGCCCCCCAUCGCCAAGAUGCACGAGCUUUCCGAGAAGUUCACGAAGCCCUACAACACGGAUCCGAAGCCCACCCAUGCAAGGCAUGCAAGCGAGCUUGACCGACUGGCUGGCAACAUGGAGGCCGUCUACGAUGCAUUGGCCGAGGUUCUGGCGAACCUGAGUGCCCAUGGCGAAUCUGCAACAGGGGAGAGCAUCUGGGCCGAUGCGAAAUCACGCUUGGAAGAGCCGGACCCGCCUUCUGCGAAAUCGAUUUAUGCUAGGCUUGCCAAAGGAAGCAAGCAUCGAGCUGAGAAGAAUGCCUUUCGGGAGCCUCUUGGUACAACUAGUUCGAUUCUACUGGUUUGGUUGUUCUCGGUUGAAAAUAAAAUAAAGUAUGACUUUGCAUCUCCGAGCAUCAUAAAUGACAGGUUGCAGCAAAGCGGACAUACUUUGCAAGUAGACAUCGACUACAUUCCGGUUGAAACAAGCACUGGCAUCAGACAGAUUCCGUGGUUGGAUCCAUACAAAAUGGUAUCUUGUUUGGCCCGGGAUGCUAAACUGGAGUUUCUACAUGGAAAGAAUAAUUUGUUGGAGUGGUGGCGACGGUUCGCCAAAGUGGAGCCUGGGCAUCGAGCUUUCAAGGCUGCCGCCCGUGGAGACAUCUCUUUGGAGAGAACGAUUCCGUUCUUUUCUCAUGGAGAUGAAGGCAGGGGCAAGAAAAAAAAGGGCAUCUUGAUAUGGUCACUUCGUGGAUGUGUGGGCUUCGGGACACGACAGUUUCAGGAAAUGCACUCCGAGGCCGAGCAGAAAAACCGAAUGGGCCUUAAUAUGUCUGCUAGCAUGACCUCCAGGUUUCUUCAUGUUGCAGUUCCAAAGGCAGUGUACGGAAAAAAUGCAGAAACUGUUUGGGAUGCAAUUGGCCGCAACAUUGCUGCAUCGUACGAGCGACUUGAAACACAGGGUUUUUUGGAUGCUGAUGGGAAGCAUUAUCAUGCUGUUUGUGUUGGCCUUACUGGAGACAACCCGUUUUUGGCCAAGGUCGCCCACUUAGAGCGAUCGUUCGCCAGGGUAGCCAAAUCGACUGGGGAGGAUGUUUCCCAUGGCAUCUGUUGGAGAUGCCUAGCAGGAACCCCAAACGUGCCUUUUGAAAAUCUGAACCUACAUCCGGAGUGGAGCUACACGAUCGACGAAACUCUGCCUUGGUCGCAGCUGCCACCUUUUUUGCGAGGGCUAGGCUUUGACGAAGACGACUUGAAAGCGCCACGAUUUCUUGAGUUCGAUAUCUGGCACAAUUUUCACGGAGGAACAGGGAAACAUAUUGCAGCCUCGACAGUGGCCGAAAUACUACCCAAUCUGGAAGUGGGAUCUAUUGAUUUCAAAUUUAGCAUUCUUCAGCAAGCCUAUGAAACCUGGCGAAAGAAGUCAAAACUGACAUUGCAUAUUGGCCACUUUGACCGGGAACUGUUCGGGAUGGAGCAGGGCUACCAAGUUCUUCCAGUUGGAUGCUGGAGCAAGUUCUCGGACACUCGUGUCCUGCUUUGUUUUCUGGAAGACUUCUUGCGAGAUCGGGCCCUCUACGUUCCAACAGAGAUUACUGAGGAGGCUCUUAUUUGUAUCGCUGCUGGCAAUCGAGCUUUUAGGCUGUCUUACCAAGGCGGCUAUUGGCUAUCUUCUGAUGAAGCGAGAUCCAUUGGUCUGUCCGGUCUCCGGUGCUUACAAUCGUAUGCUAAGCUGGCUUUUGUAACACUCCAACAGUCCAGAUCACGAUACCCGAUGAUGCCCAAGAGCCACUAUCUACAUCACUGUUGGAGAGAGAUUAUCUUGGCGGCAAAGAGGCAUGCUUGGGUGAGAAGCCCACUGGCCACAUCAGUGCAGAUGGAUGAAGAUUUUGUAGGACAAAUGUCCCGGAUGAGCAGAAGAGUAGGAAAUCAGCAGUUAAUGCUGAGGACUCUUCAGAGAUACUUGGUGGCCGUGAACAGGGCUCUCAGCUGA